AUAACCAUGGGAGAUAGGGAUGACAAUGCCACCAACACUUCCACUAACUUCCUUUCUAUGCUUGACCCCCAUGGAGUCCUAGGUGCUCCUUUCCCAUUCAAUUUCAGCUAUGGGGACUAUGAUAUGCCCUUGGAUGAAAAUGAGGAUGUGACCAAUUCUCGGACUUUCUUUGCUGCCAAGAUUGUCAUUGGCAUGGCCCUGGUGGGCAUCAUGCUGGUCUGUGGCAUUGGCAAUUUCAUCUUCAUUGCUGCCCUGGCCCGCUACAAGAAACUGCGGAACCUCACCAAUUUGCUCAUUGCGAACCUUGCCAUCUCUGAUUUCCUGGUGGCCAUUGUCUGCUGCCCAUUUGAGAUGGACUACUACGUAGUGCGCCAGCUUUCCUGGGAGCAUGGUCAUGUACUGUGCACGUCUGUCAACUAUCUGCGCACUGUCUCUCUUUACGUCUCCACCAAUGUCCUACUGGCCAUCGCCAUUGACAGAUAUCUGGCCAUUGUGCACCCGCUGAGACCAAGGAUGAAGUAUCAGACUGCCAUUGGGCUGAUUGCUUUGGUCUGGAUGGUAUCCAUUCUCAUUGCGAUCCCUUCAGCCUACUUCACAACCGAAACAGUCCUCAUCAUUAUAAAGAGCCAGGAGAAGAUCUUCUGUGGCCAGAUCUGGCCUGUGGACCAGCAGAUCUAUUACAAGUCCUACUUCCUCUUCAUCUUUGGCAUCGAGUUUGUGGGCCCCGUGGUCACCAUGACCUUGUGCUAUGCCCGCAUCUCCCAGGAGCUCUGGUUCAAGGCCGUCCCUGGCUUUCAGACGGAGCAGAUCCGGAAGCGGCUGCGCUGUCGCCGAAAGACGGUCUUAGUGCUCAUGUGCAUCCUCAUGGCGUAUGUGGUGUGCUGGGCGCCCUUCUAUGGCUUCACCAUUGUGCGUGACUUCUUUCCCACCGUGUUUGUGAAGGAGAAGCACUAUCUCACGGCCUUCUAUGUAGUGGAAUGCAUCGCCAUGAGCAACAGCAUUAUCAAUACGCUGUGCUUCGUGACUGUUAAGAAUAACACCAUCAAGUACUUGAAGAAAGUCAUAUUGCUCCACUGGAAGUCUUCUUACAAUGGAAGUAAGUCCAGCGCAGACCUUGAUCUCAAAACCACUGGUGUGCCUGCCACUGAAGAGGUGGACUGCAUCAGACUGAAAUAG